AUGGCAAUUUGGAACCAAACGAAGACAUCAAGUGAAGAUGAAGUCACAAGAAGGCAAGAAUUCAAGGAUUCACCUCUGGAAGAUCAUGAGGCUCAUGCAACUGAGGAUUGUGAAUAUAUAAGAGCAGCGGAAAAGCCACUAGCAGAGGUCAAUGGACUCUGGUAUGAUCAGAAGAAUCAGAAUCAAUAUCCAGGGUUGAGUUACAAGUCAAACUACCAGCUGAAUCCUCCUGUGCCAUUGCAACAACAACAACAACCUCCACAAUCAGAGUGGGAAAAAACAUUUGCACAGCUGUCCAAGACCACCUCGGACUACAUUCAGAAUUCAAAUUCCUUCAGAGAGGAGACAAGAGCCUCAUUCCGGAAUCAAGAAGCUUCGAUCCGGAACUUGGAGACUCAAAUUGGUCAGCUGUCAAGACAGUUCACUAAAAGAACUCAGGGUGCUUUGUCAAGCAACACAAUUGUCAAUCCAAGGGAGCAUUGCAAUGCUAUCACCACUAGGAGUGGGACAAUAAUUCAACCUAUAGAGGAACAGCCCGAAAAAAAGAAGAAGGAUGGCGAAGCAUCAGAUGAAGAAGAAAAGGAAAAGGAUACAAUUGAAGUUGACAAAAGCAAUCCUGAAAAAGCCGAAAAGAAACUAUUCAAGUGGGAGAAGAAGAAAGCUUUAGAAAGACAAAACAAGCCAUUAGAUCUCUCUCCGUAUACUCGAAUCCCUUAUCCUCAGAGAUUAAAUAAAGAGAUUCAGAAGCAGCAAUAUUCAAAGUUUCUAGACAUAUUCAGCAAAUUACAGAUCAACAUUCUUUUUGCCGAAGCUUUAGAGAACAUGCCCAACUACGCAAGGUUUAUGGAGGAUCUAUUAUCAAGGAAGCGUAAGUUGCGAGAAUAUGAGACAGUCAAUCUGACGGAGGAAUGUAAUGCUAUCAGCGAAAAGAAGUUACCUACCAAAGUCAAGGAUCCAGGGAGCUUCAGCAUUCCAUGCACUAUAGGCAAGAUGGAAGUAGACAAUGUUUUAUGUGAUCUUGGAGCUAGCAUCAAUGUCAUGCCACUCUCCGUGAUGAAGAAGCUAGGGAUAACCGAAGUGAAGCCCACAAAGACGAUAGUGCAACUGGCUGACCGCUCUUCAAAGCAAGCUUACGGUAUCAUUGAAGACAUAUUGGUUAAGGUAGACAAAUUUAUCAUUCCUGUCGAUUUUGUCAUCCUUGACAUUGAAGAAGAUGCCACAAUUCCUAUGAUUUUUGGAAGACCCUUCUUGGCAACUUCAGGAGCACUUAUUGAUGUGCUAAAAGGCGAGCUGAUAUUACGGGUAGACGAAGAGCAAGUAACUUUCAAGUUCUUUGACAAAGAAGUCCCCUCAUCUGUAGCUCAACCGAAAGAUCAAGUCUACUACAUUGGUGAAAAGAAAGGUGAAGAAGAACACAAUGAGGAGUCUUCUCGAGAAAGUAAGCCAAAAGUUAAGAUGGAGAAACCUAGUAGCGAAGGAAAGCAUGUAAAAGUCAAGUUCAAAGUUCCUGAGACUACUUUACCUCAUCCAUAUGCAGACGAGCACUAUGGGAAAACACAAUUUAUGAAUGAUGGACCUUGGUCAUCACCAAGCUUAUGCUUUGAGCCACCAUGA